UACGGCCCCGGAGCAACUCGCUCCGAGCUCCACAGCCUUUAUUCCCCAAUUAAACCUUCGAUUCCAAAGCUUUUAAGAUGCGGCUAGUGGCACUCCUCUCCGAAUCGGCCGUACCGAUUCCAUUCCUAACCAUUUGAGUGUGUGCGUCGUGGUAACUGAGACGGCGGCAGGCAGGCAGGCACGCAAAAGAGCGCCUCCGUCUUCCCCCGCUCUCACGUGAUUCACACCCGCGCCCUCCCCCCUCCUCGCCUGCCCCGCCGUCUAGCCUAUAUAUCCAGUCUGGCCAAGCCAAGCCCUCAGCUUCUCUGCUACUACCUCUCACUUUCUCUCGAACCUGUCCGCCUGCCACCGGUCCUUACACUGCUUACAGUCAGGAGAGUGAGCUCGAUCGCUCGGCCAUGGUUGAGGCGGCAGCUGUAGUGGCAGAGGAGGAGCAUGACGCGGCGGUGCGGGAGUACGACGACGUCCGCGACCGCAGCGGCGUGGAGGAGGUGGAGCGGGAGUGCGAGGUGGGGUCCAGUGGCGGCGGCGGCGGCGAGAUGUGCCUCUUCACGGACCUCCUCGGCGACCCGCUCUGCCGCAUUCGCAACUCGCCGGACUUCCUCAUGCUGGUCGCGGAGACAGCAACCGGCAGCGGCGGCGGCGGCGGCGCGGAGAUAAUCGGCCUUGUCCGCGGCUGCGUCAAGUCCGUCGUCUCCGGCGGCUCCCACUCCAAGGACCCCAUCUACACCAAGGUCGCCUACAUCCUCGGCCUCCGCGUCUCACCCAAUCAUCGGAGGAAAGGGGUGGGGAGGAAGCUCGUGGAGAGGAUGGAGCAAUGGUUCCGGCAGAAGGGCGCGGAGUACUCGUACAUGGCGACGGAGCAGGACAACGAGGCCUCCGUGCGCCUCUUCACCUCCCGCUGCGGCUACUCCAAGUUCCGCACGCCGUCGUUGCUCGUGCACCCGGUGUUCCGCCACGCCCUCAAGCCCUCGCGCCGCGCGUCCAUCGUGCGCCUCGAGCCCCGCGACGCCGAGCGCCUCUACCGCUGGCACUUUGCCGCCGUCGAGUUCUUCCCCGCCGACAUAGACGCCGUGCUGUCCAACGCCCUGUCGCUCGGCACGUUCCUGGCACUGCCGGCGGGCACGAGUUGGGACGGGGACGUCGAGGCGUUCCUGGCCGCGCCGCCGGCUUCGUGGGCGGUGCUGAGCGUGUGGAACUGCAUGGACGCCUUCCGCCUCGAGGUACGUGGCGCACCCCGCCUGAUGCGCGCCGCGGCCGGCGCAACGCGGCUGGUGGACCGAGCGGCGCCGUGGCUCAGGAUACCCUCCAUCCCGAACCUCUUCGCGCCGUUCGGGCUCUACUUCCUCUACGGCCUGGGCGGCGCCGGGCCGGAGGCGCCGCGGCUGGUGCGCGCGCUGUGCCGGCACGCGCACAACAUGGCCCGACGCGGCGGGUGCGGCGUGGUGGCCACCGAGGUCGCCGCCCUCGAGCCCGUCCGCGCCGGGGUGCCGCACUGGGCGCGCCUCGGCGCCGAGGACCUCUGGUGCAUCAAGCGGCUCGCCGACGGCUACAACCACGGGCUGCUCGGCGACUGGACGAAGGCGCCGCCCGGGAGCUCCAUCUUCGUCGACCCCAGAGAGUUUUAGCUUCAUUUUCAGUUUUCCUUAAUUAGACCAUGUAGUUUUUUUUUUUUGCUCCUCCGUCUGAUCCGGCCUGCUCCUUCCAGAGCACUGUGCCGUGCCAGUGUUCCCUCCCGAACCUUCUGAGUUCCAAGGACGCAGUACAUCACAUUUUGCCGUACGUACGUAGAGUGCUCUCUGUUUCAACUUGUUUACGUUCAGAUAGAUGUGCGGUUACAGCUCUCUGCAGGUCGAGCAGAGAACAUGAGCUGCUGCUUUUUUGUGCGGUUAACAGCAACUUUGUCGACAGAGCUGUGUAGUGUAACAGACCAGAGUGAAAGCCUGGCGGCCUUUUUGGUGCCUUUGGGCCGCUUUUUUUGCUUUC